AUGACGUCCCAUAUUGGUCAAGAACCACCUGAUGAUUAUUUGGAUAAGGUUGUACAAUCAUGGGCAUUUGCUGAGGAACAUAUGACAGUUCUUGAAAAUGCAAAUGCAGGAGAUUUCGAUGAUGCAGUUAAGUGUACUAUCUUAAAAUCCAAGAUGGCUGGAAAAUAUGCUCCAGUACCAGCUAAUGACCCCUUUACUCAUGGUAAUCCUGCUAUUAAUUCUCCAGCAACUUUACGGCAUGAUAAAUCAGAAUUAGCUUUGGUACCCACUACUUCCCUUCAGCCUACACAAUCCCAGAAAACACAAGUUCUACAGUCUCGGCAAAAACAAUCUGAUAAUAUUGAUUACCCUAGAGUACCAGAUAAAUAUAUGCCAGAAAGACCACCAGACAGAUAUGGUGUAUAUUCUGAAAAAUUUAUCCAUGCGAAUCUUAUAAACCCAACUCCUACAUCUAAUCAAGUUAUAGAAUCUGUAGCGAAAGAUGUUUACGAAAAAGUAAUGGAUAAAAUUUCCUCUUUUCUACCCAAGAAGAAAAAUAAUACUCCUAAUAAUGAUGAUAUGGAUGAAAUUACUAAGGGUAUGUCAGAAUUAUCAAUAAAUAAGGCUAUAGCCAAAGGUAUAUCACAGGGAAUAAAAGCGGUACAUGAUAAUAAUGUAUCAUCUCAGCAUAGAUGUUCGAAUUGUUAUAGUCUUGGACAUAAUUCUCGCAAGUGUCCAUAUCCUCGAAAAAGGAACAGAAAAAAUAGAAAGAGUAGAUCCAAAAAGAGAGGCAGUGUUAAUAAGUGGAAGGGUAAACCGGAGAAAUCAUUAUCUAAAAAGUCUGGUUCAAAGAAGAGACAGAGUCUCAAAUCUCCGAUUCAACGUUCUUCACAAAAAAUACAAAAGAAUUCAGAAUCUCUUAGAACUACCCGAAAUGUAGCAGUAGACUUUAUUCCAGGUUGUACUAUAUGUUCCGAUUUUGCGGUAGUUAAAUAUCCCAAACCCAUGCUAAUUUUGCCAAAUACUCUCCUAGAUAAAUAUGAUUAUGAUUUGCUCACAUCAAAACGAGAAUUAAAACUCGUAUGUAACGGUAAAGAGUAUUUUAUUCCAAUAAACAUGCAUAAGGUCAAGAGCAAGCUUGAAGUAAAUUGCGCUACUGCAACUCGGGAUGAUAAGUCUUUGGUAUCCGAUCAAAUUUCUCAAGAGGUCGAUAGUAAUGAGGGGGAUAAUGAACCAUUGGAGGAGGAAUGGCACGCUCCUAUGGAUUUUAGCUUAGAAUCUACCAAUUCGACUUUAAAAAAAAAUGCGUAA